AUGAUGCAAAUCCACGCAAAGACUCUUACGGAGAAAACCAUAACCCUUGACGUUAAAAGCUCCGACACCAUCAACCAUGUCAAGGCACAGAUUCAAGACAGAGAAGGGAUUCCUCUAGACCAGCAAAGACUUAUCUUUUCUGGUAAGCUGCUAGACGAUGGCCUUACGUUGGCUGAUUACAAUAUUCAGAAAGAGUCUGUUCUCCACUUGGCUCUUAGGUUGAGAGGAGGUAUGCAGAUCUUUGUUAAGACUCUUACCGGGAAGACCAUAACUCUUGAGGUUGAAAGCUCUGACACGAUUGACAAUGUCAAGGCUAAGAUCCAAGAUAAGGAAGGUAUUACUCCGGACCAGCAGAGGCUUAUCUUUGCAGGCAAGCAACUUGAAGAUGGUCGUACAUUGGCUGACUACAAUAUUCAAAAGGAGUCAACUCUACACUUGGUUCUUAGGUUGAGAGGUGGCAUGCAAAUAUUUGUGAAAACUCUCACCGGCAAAACCAUUAUUCUAGAAGUUGAGAGCUCUGACACCAUUGACAAUGUCAAGGCCAAGAUCCAAGACAAGGUAGGAAUCCUACCGGACCAGCAAAGACUUAUCCAUGCGGGCAAGCAACUCGAGGAUGGUCGAACCCUUGCUGAUUACAAUAUUCAGAAGGAGUCAACACUUCACUUGGUUCUUAGGUUGAGAGGUGGCAUGCAAAUCUUUGUUAAGACUCUAACUGGCAAGACCAUAAUUCUUGAAGUUGAAAGCUCCGACACCAUUGAUAAUGUCAAGGCCAAGAUCCAAGACAAGGAAGGAAUCCUACUGGACCAGCAGAGACUUAUCUAUGCGGGGAAGCAACUUGAGGAUGGCCGUACUUUGGCGGAUUACAAUAUUCAGAAGGAGUCAACUCUACACUUGGUUCUUAGGUUGAGAGGAGGCAUGCAAAUCUUUGUUAAGACCCUUACGGGCAAGACCAUAACUCUUGAGGUCGAAAGUUCUGACACGAUUGACAAUGUGAAGGCGAAGAUCCAAGAUAAGGAAGGCAUCACUCCGGACCAGCAGAGACUUAUUUUUGCAGGUAAACAACUCGAGGACGGUCGUACUUUGGCUGAUUACAACAUCCAGAAGGAGUCAACCCUUCAUCUUGUCCUUCGUCUUCGUGGUGGCAUGCAAAUAUUUGUGAAAACUCUCACCGGCAAAACCAUUACUCUAGAAGUUGAGAGCUCUGACACCAUUGACAAUGUCAAAGCCAAGAUCCAAGACAAGGAAGGGAUCCCUCCGGACCAACAACGACUUAUCUUUGCGGGCAAGCAACUCGAGGAUGGUCGGACACUUGCGGAUUACAACAUCCAGAAGGAGUCAACUCUGCAUUUGGUUCUUCGUCUUCGUGGUGGCAUGCAAAUAUUCGUCAAGACCCUUACCGGAAAAACCAUAACACUGGAGGUUGAAAGCUCAGACACAAUAGACAAUGUCAAGGCCAAGAUCCAAGACAAGGAAGGGAUCCUACCAGACCAGCAGAGACUUAUCUUCGCUGGCAAGCAACUCGAGGAUGGCCGAACCCUAGCGGAUUACAACAUCCAGAAGGAGUCAACACUUCACCUAGUGCUGCGUCUUCGUGGUGGGAUGCAGAUUUUUGUCAAGACUUUGACGGGCAAAACCAUCACUCUAGAGGUCGAGAGCUCUGAUACGAUUGAUAACGUGAAGGCCAAGAUUCAAGACAAAGAAGGGAUCACACCGGACCAGCAGAGACUAAUCUUUGCCGGUAAACAACUCGAAGAUGGUCGAACACUUGCAGAUUACAAUAUCCAGAAAGAGUCUACUCUUCACCUUGUUCUUCGUCUCCGCGGUGGAAGCUUUUGAACAAGAACUAUGGCUUCUCUCGAGUGUUAACUUCGAUCUUUUCUCUUUUAGUAAUUGGGAUUAUAUUA